UCCUAGGAAAAAGUAGCGAGCUGAGCUUGGUGCCACUCGUUCUUGCGUUUAAAGUGGUGUCAUCUGAUAAAUGAGACGUUUCGUUGGAAAAAUUCCAUGACCUAUGUCAUCGUGAUCCUUCCCCAAAUUUUUUUCUACAAAUUUGACUGUAGUACUUGUACUUUUUUUAUCUAGCUGGUCGUGGUCGGUCGGUGCUCCAGUAUGAGCACAUGAAUCAUUCAAUUCUUGUGGCAAACUCGCACGUCGGGAGACAGGGAGAGUGUGUGUGUGUGCGUGUGCGCGCGACGAGACAGAGAUCACGUGCAAAAGUCCAUAUAGAAUUGUUAAAUACGAGCAGCACAAGGCAGGAAGUUAGAACAAGAAGGGGAGAGAGAGUGAGAGAGUCGAGAGCGUUUUCUUGAUCCUGAGCGUUCGGGUGGAGUCUGGCCGAUCUGGGGAGGAAGAUGGAGGAGGUGGAUCAUCUUGCGCACGAAAGGAGCACUGCCCAAUUCGAUGUGGAGGCCAUGAAGGUGGUCUGGGCGGGAUCCAAACACGCCCUCAGUGUCUCCGAUCGAAUGGCCCGCCUCGUCGCAUCUGACCCAGAAUUCCGCAAGGAUAACAGGGUUACUAUGGGCAGAAAGGAGUUAUUCAAGAACACCUUAAGAAAAGCAGGUCAUGCAUGGAAGCGGAUUAAUGAGCUCCGUUUGACUGAAGAAGAAGCUUCAAAGUUGAGAUUUUUUAUUGAUCAACCAGCAUAUACUGACCUGCAUUGGGGUAUGUUUGUGCCUGCUAUAAGAGGGCAGGGUACUGAUGAACAACAUGAAAAGUGGUUACCGUUGGCAUAUAAGAUGCAGAUUAUUGGCUGUUAUGCACAGACAGAACUUGGUCACGGUUCAAAUGUUCAAGGCCUUGAGACUACAGCAACGUAUGAUAGGAAUUCAGAUGAAUUUAUCAUCCACAGUCCCACAUUGACUUCAAGCAAAUGGUGGCCUGGUGGCCUAGGUAAAGUAUCAACACAUGCAAUUGUAUAUGCACGUUUGAUUGUUGAUAAUGAAGAACAUGGCAUACAUGGAUUUAUUGUUCAAUUGCGAAGUUUGGAAGAUCAUUCACCUCUUCCUGGUAUCACUAUUGGGGAUAUUGGCAUGAAAUUUGGAAAUGCAGCCUACAACACAAUGGACAAUGGAGUUCUACAGUUUGAUCAUGUGCGCAUCCCCAGAGAUCAGAUGUUAAUGCGGGUUUUGCAGGUCACAAGAGAAGGAAAAGUUGUGCAAUCUGAUGUGCCUAGACAGCUUAUUUAUGGGACAAUGGUUUUUGUGCGUCAGACCAUUGUAAUAGAUGCCUCAAAUGCACUGUCACGAGCUGUUACUAUUGCUGUUCGAUAUAGUGCGGUUAGAAGGCAGUUUGGUUCUAAAAAUGGGGGUCCUGAAAGCCAAGUGAUUGACUAUAAAACACAACAAAGUAGGCUGUUCCCUUUGCUGGCAUCUGCAUAUGCGUUCAGAUUUGUUGGUGAGUGGUUGAAAUGGCUGUAUCAGGACGUGACACAGAGGUUACAAGCUAAUGAUUUUUCAACAUUAGCUGAAGCUCAUGCAUGUACUGCUGGUUUGAAGUCAGUGACAACCUCUGUGGCUGCUGAUGGAAUUGAGGAAUGUCGGAAGCUAUGUGGUGGCCAUGGAUAUUUAUGUAACAGUGGUCUUCCCGAGUUGUUUGCUUCUUAUGUUCCUGCAUGUACAUAUGAAGGAGAUAAUGUAGUAUUGCUUCUUCAGGUUGCACGGUUUCUUGUGAAGACUGUAUCUCAGCUGGGUUCGGGAAAGAAGCCUGUUGGUGUGACUGCAUAUAUGGGGCAUGUGGAGCACUUGAUGCAGUGUAAAUGUGGUGUCCAAAAAGCUGAAGACUGGCUGAAGCCUGAGGUCAUCUUGGAGGUAUUUGAAGCAAGGGCAACAAGAUUAGCUGUUGUUUGUGCCCGGCAGAUUGGAAGUGCAGCAAACCCAGAAGAUGGCUUUGCUGAGCUCUCUGCUGACCUACUGGAGAUGGCAAUUGCACACUGUCAAUUGAUUGUCGUUUCCAAGUUUAUUGAAAAGUUGCAGCAAGAUAUACCUGGGGAGGGAGUUAAACGGCAGCUCCAGGUGCUUUGCAACAUCUAUUGUCUCCAUCUUCUUCAUCAACAUUUGGGUGAUUUCCUUUCAACCAGCUGCAUCACUCCUGAACAAGGUCUUCUUGCCAAUGAGCAGCUGAGGUCUCUCUAUUCUCAGGUACGUCCCAAUGCUGUGGCCUUAGUUGAUGCAUUUAACUAUACCGACCAUUAUCUGGGUUCAACCUUAGGCCGGUAUGAUGGCAAUGUCUAUCCAGCUCUGUAUCAAGAGGCGUGGAAGGAGCCCCUGAAUGAUUCAGUUGUGCCAGAUGGUUACUAUGAAUAUGUGAGGCCUCUUAUUAAACAGCAGUUUAGGUUCUCUAGAUUAUAGGCCUGGUCCUGAUUGCUAGCUGCUGCUUAUGUUAGAACCAAAUUGACCUUUUUGAGUAGUAUAAUGAUAAUUUGCCAAAGGAAUAUUGGACAAUUCGAUAUUAUUCUAUAAAUGAAAUGGCAGAGCUUCAGUUUGAAAGUUUGUGCAUC